UGACGCUUGUAAUAGAAGACCUUGCUGAAAAUUCGACUUGGAUUUGCCGGUGGUCAAAUUAUUCCAGGGUGUACAUAGAUAAAAGAAAAUGCUGAGAAAUGUGCUCUCAUGCACUAGCAGACGGAUCUAUACUUGUCUGUUUGUUCCAUUGAAGACAAGACACCCAGCAGCUGCCUUGCAAGUGGCUACUACACAAUCGUUCCAUACCUCUUUGGACUACAGGGAUAGAGCAAAAAGGCUGUCUGAAAGAUCGCAGGCAAAGCAUCAAGAUGUUCAGGCACAGAAAGCGGACAAAUUGAAAGACUUAAAAUUCACAACUUUAGCAGAGGAAAAUUUUGAUGCUGCGUUUCCAACAGAAGACACACCUGAUAUGAUGAUACAGGGGACGAAGUAUAAAGAUCUGCCAGUGGUCCAUAUCAAGGCUUCUGCUAAUAACUUCAGAAUCACACUAUCUUCUGCUGAAGGUAAAACAGUCAAGACUGCUACAGGGGGCUCUGUUGGUUUUAAGAACAAGAGAGAAUCUACAGCUGUUGCUGCCCAGGUUGCUACAGUGGCUAUCGCUAAGGAGGCAAAGAGAGAAGGGAUGUAUGCUGUACGUGUAGCUCUGAACGGUAUUGGAUUAGGAAGAGAGGCUGGCCUGAAAGCAUUGGUUACUGCGGGAAUUUCAGUAGUUUCAAUAACAGACGUCACCCCCACACCAUUCAAUGGCAAUAGACCACAAAAGAGAAGAUCCAUGUAACAAAGUGAAGGCAAUCUAAGAACUACAUCAUGACAUCAGCAGAAUAUGGACAGAAAAUAUUGAUGUACAACUUUAAUCGUAAUAGUUAUUUACCAUCUUAUCUCAAUUGUACAUUUUAUGUAUAAUAAACUGAAUGUUUAAAUGAA